UCCAGAGCGAGAGGGUGCGUGUCUGAGGGAGUGCGUGCUUCUUCUCCCUGGCGGGGCCUACUCCCGACAAUGCUGGCGGCGGCUCUGGCUUCCCUGAGGCGUUAGGGCGGCGGCGGCGCCUCCGCCGCCUUCCGUCCCCCCUCCCCUCACGGGCGCCGCGUGAGGCCGAGGCGAAGCCGGCGGCGGUGUCGUCUCUGUGAGGCUGAUUAUGGAAGAGGCUCACAAAAGCAACAGUAACAAUUCAGCAACACCUCCACAAGCAGCAUCUUUACAAGGUACCACGCUACAAGCAGCUCAGCUUUCUCGUGUUUCUCAACAGAUGUCCCUUAGAGGUCAAACUCCACUGACAGUGGUUCAGCUCUCUGGGGAUCAAGUCCAGGGAGUCAUUCAUACAGCUCAAACCUCAUCUGUCAUUCACUCACCACAAGGGCAAUCAGUGCAGGUGUCUUUGUCAGAAAGUGACGAUUCACAAGAUUCCUCAGAUAGCAUAGGCUCUUCACAGAAAGCCAGAGGAAUCCUAGCACGCCGUCCAUCUUAUAGAAAAAUCUUCAAUGAUCUUUCUUCUGAAGACGCACGAGACAGGAAAGGAGAUGAAGCAAGUCCUGGUAUCUCUACUAUCACAUCAAUGUCUGUCCCUACGCCCGUUUACCAAACAAGCACUGGACAAUAUAUUGCCAUUGCUCCAAAUGGACCAUUACAGCUGAGCAGCCCAGCGACAGAGUGUGUGCAAGGUUUGCAGACCUUUACAAAUGCUGGUGGGACUCCGCUAUUACAGUAUGUACAGACAUCUGAUGGUCAGCAGAUACUUGUGCCAAGCAACCAGGUGGUUGUGCAGACUGCAUCAGGAGAUAUGCAGACAUACCAGAUACGCAGCACACCAACCACCACUUCCCUCCCUCAGACGGUUGUGAUGACAGCUCCUGUCUCCUUGACAUCUCAGUCAACCAAGACGGAUGAUCCACAGUUGAAACGUGAAAUACGGCUCAUGAAAAACAGAGAAGCAGCUCGAGAAUGCCGUAGAAAGAAGAAAGAAUAUGUGAAAUGUCUUGAAAAUCGAGUUGCUGUUCUUGAAAACCAGAACAAAACUCUAAUUGAAGAACUAAAAACUUUGAAAGAUCUUUACUGCCAUAAAAAUGUGUAAAAGGAGGAAAAAAACACCUUUUUGUGAAUAUAAGAAUUUCAGAAGGAUUUUUUAUAUUAAUUUUUUUUAAUUAAAGGUCAAAAAUGAAUCUCUUCUAUCCAAAUUCCACAAAGACUUGAGAUUCUAUUUAGAACCUUUGAUGGCAGAGUACAAAAAGGAAGUAUGAAAACUCAUGAAGAGUUCUGCUGGCACAACUGGAAUCUUCAUUUCAAUCAGGAUAAGUGGGACAUGUACAUUCUGUCAAUCAAGAUGUUUGAAUUUCUUGUGCUACAGCUGAAUUUUUUAAUGCCUAUGGCAUUUGAUUGCCAUUAUGCAGAAGAGCUGAAUCUUUUGCUUUCAGGUGUUAAUGCCUGUCAACAUAUAGCUAGCAUAGGUUCAAUUUAUUAAAUCUGAUAUUUUUUUCUGCUCCCUUCACAGGCUAAGGAUCUUCACCACAUAGUGAAUGCACAGGUAGCAGUAGUUUCUGCCCUCGCGCCAGUCCAUGUGUUGAAAUGCACAACUAUAGUAAGGAUCCAUAUGUGCCAGAGAGUGCAGCACUCACCUGUGAUUGGAAGGCCUACUCUUCCAAGGUUCCCAGUUGGGUGGAGACCUGACACAAUUUUUAUUCCAACGUAUGGGGGUCAAAACCUAUUGCAGCCCACCAACAGGGAGAAGAAUCCUAAGAAAGCUGUCACAGUUAAUUGUACGUACAAUACGUUUUGCUUCAAAUUGUCAAUUCUAAUCUCUGUGUUGAGAAGAUGCACACACUACUUUGCUAGAAACUAUAUUUGGUUUUAGCAGGCAGGCAACUUGUUUAAAAGAAGGGUGCUCUGUCUUAGGAUGUGGUCAUAAGACUCCUUGAGGAGUAGAUAACAUAUAUCAUGGCCUCGUUUGCAUGUCACAAUAAGCCAGUGUUCAUCUUAAAUGAUGUUUUCAUCAUGAAGAACCCCUCUCCACACCAGGCAGGUCCCCAUGUGGCUUCUUCCCAUUGUAUGGAGCUCAGGCAGGUCAAAUAAGCCAUAGAACGCCUUGUCAUAUCAUCUAAACCUGCAGAGUGGUGGGGUGUAUUUAUAAUGAAAGAUUGGCUUAUUGUGCCGUGAAAACCAGACCCACAUAUCAUUGCUCAUACAGAUGCUCUGAAAUGUUUAAUGCAAGAGAACAAAUGUUGCAGAAAAUAUUUUCAAAGGGCUUUUGUGUGUGUAUGUCACUGGGUAGAAAAAAACAACAUCUUGAGAUAAACAGAAAUGAUUUUUUCAAGUGAACAGGCAUCCCAUAUUCUGUUUGAAUAUACUUCUUUUGCUUGUACAGAAGCAUUAAACUCCAAAUUCCCUAGCUUUGUCUCAGUUCAAAGCACAAAGAAGCUAAAAUUAUAUACCAAAGGUAAAAUCUAGUAUGUUUAUAUAUGUUAAAGCACUCAAUUACAAAACUGAAUUUGUAAACCUGACAGUGACUUCUUAAAGUAAUUCCAAUUUUAUAAGUAAUCCAGUUGACAUAGACACCAGGAAUAUUUUUGUAGUUACCUUUGCAAAUUCUAUAAUUGAGUUUAUAUGGAUAUUUUAAAUUUUUAUAAAGUUUCAAUAAACAGAGAUAUUUUCCCUCUUAGAUUAUCAAUUCUAUAUUUUUAUGAGAUGCUCAAGAAAACUAGAACCUAUUUCUAUAUAUUUCAAUAGGCAAAUUUAAUUUAACAAAAAUUGCUGGAAAUAUUUUUGAGAAAAUAGUUUAGUAUUCACAGAAGGUACAUUCGUUUAUAAAUUCACUUUAAAGACGCUGUCAGGGAUAAUAAUAGUGUCAUUUUGGUUCUUGUUCUCAAGGGAUGUUAAAGUAUCUUUUGACAUCAGUUGGGUUCUUGAGCACACAAUGAACUAAUUAACACAAGCAAUGUAGCCUUACCCUAGUUAAUGUUGUUGAUUCAUUCCAAUUCAAUUUGAUUCAUUUCAAUUCAUUUCAUUCCUUUGAAAUGUUGCCACUAAAUGCAUUAGAGGAAAAAAAAUAUAUCUAUUGCCAUCAUGGCACAGCAUUCCACACACUGUCCCAUUAACUCAUUUCCCCCCCAAUACUUGGUGGCUCUGGGGACUUCCCAGACAUGCAGAAAAGUAUUUGCUCAUAAACAUUUUUAGAAUUCUUCCCCCUUCAAGAAUUGAGAAUAACACUUGCUCUCUGAGAACUACAAAAUAAUGAGCCUUUUCUUUGUAUGUAGGUACAGGGGAAUUGUGACAAAGGCUCACAAUAUAAGCCUUGGAGGAGGCAAACAACCCCCAACUUUAUUUUCUAAUCCCUGAACCCAAUAUGCUGUUAUUAUGGGUUCUAAAUUAAUAGAUAUAAUGCGGAAUGCUUAUGGCUUAAAGUAUCCUGGAAGGAGGAGUGAUACUGGAAAUGCACACCCUGAGCAGCACAUCUGGUUCCAUUAUCCCCCGCAACCUCUCUAAUACACCACAGGGAGGGAGAGGUAAAUAUAGACCCUUACUACUAAGGCUCAGAACUAGGCAAGCAUCUUCCAUUUCACCUAGUACUUUUAAAGCUCAGCAGCCUGCACUGUAAGGCUGUUGUAGCAGCACAACAGAAUGCCGAGAUUCAAGACUCAUUUAGAACCAGAACUCAGCAAUCUUAUUCUAACAGGAGUCCAUUUGUGAAAUUUCUCAUCACCACAACCUUUAUUGCUGAAAAGGGGAAGAACUGUGGAACUAUAGUAGACCCUGAUUUUACCCACCCCCUCUAAAAAAAAGAAACUCCUAUUGUCCUUUAAAAAAACAACAAAAGUUGAAUUUGGCUAUUAAAUCAAAUAAGGAAAUUGGCCCUAAGUGAAAGGAAGGUGGAAUAUGGAAUAUUCAUGCAUAACCCAGAAAGUCUCUAUAGGCUUUUGCACAUGCAGAUAGGCUUCUAGCUUUGCUUUCCAGCAUAACCUCCAUUCUGUAUGUCAAUCUAUUUUUGAAAAUCCCAUUUCAGCUGUGGGUUAUAUGUUUUGUGUGGAGGCAGAUGAGGGCUGGUCAGUGCCUUCCUCUGGAUUGCAACCAACAAAAAGUACUGUGUGGUGUAAGUAUUUCACAACCUGGCCUGGAAUCUUCUAGCUAUUUGUUGUACACUUAUUAAUUUCUUGUGUGUGAGUUUCAGAGGAUUCAAACUUUCAGGUGUGCUGCAUCAUUUUUAGCAUGAUACUAAAUUAUAUUUUGCUUCUAGGACAAAAGUGUGAUCUGCAAGUUUUCCCAUACAUCUCAAGUAUAUGUAUAUUUAAUAGUAACAAAAUAUUUUGCUGUUCAAAUGUUAUUAAAAGAGCAUUUGAUUAUUA